UGUAUCCGGCCGGCGCCUUUUUCUCCUCCUCCCUCUCCCCCCUCCCCUUUCCCCGUAGAAACUGCCGUUGCUGCCGCCGCCGCCGCCGCUGCUCUCCUUUCCCUUCAAGCCGGCAGCGCCCGGAGCCGAGUCUCCUCUCCCCUCCCUCCCCCCCCCGCCGCUUUCCCCCGCCGCUCUAUGACGCGAUGGCCGCGGCCAACUUCGGCAAGAUCCAGAUAGGGAUCUAUGUGGAGAUCAAGCGCAGCGAUGGCCGAAUACAUGAAGCUAUGGUAACAUCUUUGAAUGAGGAUAAUGAAAGUGUUACAGUUGAAUGGAUUGAAAAUGGUGAUACAAAAGGAAAAGAGAUUGACUUGGAGAGUAUAUUUUCACUUAACCCAGACCUUGCUCCUGAGGAUGAUGAUCCCAGCCCAGAAACCCCACCACCUCCAACGCCUUCAGCUAAAGUUAACAAAAUUGUGAAGAAUCGAAAGACUGUAGCUCCUUCUAAAAUUGAAGCUCCUGCUAGAGACAACAGAGUGAUUGGUUCUGCGCGUGCGCGACCUACUCAGCUUCCUGAACAGUCUUCUUCUACACAACAGAAUGGUAGUGUUUCAGAUAUAUCUCCAGUUCAAGCUGCAAAAAAGGAAUUUGGACUCCCUUCACGUAGAAAAUCGAAUUGUGUGAAAGAAGUUGAAAAACUGCAAGAAAAACGUGAGAAACGAAGAUUACAACAGCAGGAACUUAGAGAGAAGCGAGCUCAGGAUGUUGAAGCUACAAAUCCAAAUUAUGAAAUUAUGUGCAUGAUCAGAGAUUUUAGGGGAAGUCUGGACUAUAGACCACUAACAACUGCAGAUCCUAUUGAUGAGCACAGGAUAUGUGUUUGUGUUCGAAAACGACCGCUCAAUAAAAAAGAAACUGUAAUGAAAGACCUUGAUGUGAUAACAAUCCCUAGCAAAGAUGUUGUGAUGGUACAUGAACCCAAACAAAAAGUGGAUUUAACAAGGUACUUAGAGAACCAAACUUUCCGCUUUGACUAUGCCUUCGAUGACAGCGCUCCUAAUGAAAUGGUCUACAGGUUUACUGCAAGACCAUUAGUGGAAACCAUAUUUGAAAGAGGAAUGGCUACAUGCUUUGCAUAUGGCCAGACAGGCAGUGGGAAAACCCAUACUAUGGGGGGUGACUUUUCAGGAAAGAACCAAGACUGUUCGAAAGGAAUUUAUGCACUAGCUGCCAGAGAUGUCUUUUUAAUGCUGAAGAAACCAAACUAUAAGAAAUUAGAACUCCAAGUUUAUGCAACGUUUUUUGAAAUUUAUAGUGGAAAGGUUUUCGACUUAUUGAACAGGAAGACCAAGUUAAGAGUGUUAGAAGAUGGUAAACAGCAAGUCCAGGUGGUGGGAUUACAGGAGCGAGAGGUUAAAUGUGUUGAAGAUGUACUAAAGCUUAUUGAGAUAGGCAACAGUUGCAGAACAUCUGGUCAGACAUCUGCAAAUGCACACUCAUCUCGGAGCCAUGCAGUGUUUCAGAUCAUCCUCAGGAGAAAAGGGAAACUGCAUGGUAAAUUUUCAUUGAUUGACUUGGCUGGAAAUGAAAGAGGAGCUGACACUUCCAGUGCAGAUAGGCAAACACGACUGGAAGGUGCUGAAAUUAACAAGAGCCUUUUAGCACUCAAGGAGUGCAUCAGAGCCUUAGGCCGAAAUAAACCUCAUACCCCAUUCAGAGCGAGUAAACUUACUCAGGUCUUAAGAGAUUCAUUCAUAGGAGAAAACUCUCGCACCUGUAUGAUUGCCACUAUUUCUCCAGGAAUGGCAUCUUGUGAAAAUACUCUGAACACACUAAGAUAUGCAAACAGAGUAAAGGAAUUUGGAAUUAGUCCUUCGGAUAUUCCCUUCUCACAGGGUAGUGGCAGUCGCUCUGAUCUCUCUCCUUCCUAUGAGUAUGACGACUUUUCUCCUUCGAUCACCAGAGUAAAGGAACUGACUGUGGAUCCCAGUGCUGCUGGUGAUAUCCGUCCAAUCAUGCAUCACGCUCCAAAUCAGAUUGACGACUUGGAGGCACAGUGGGGUGUAGGAAGCUCUCCUCAGAGAGAUGAUCUUAAACUACUUUGUGAACAAAAUGAAGAGGAAGUUUCACCACAGUUGUUCACUUUCCAUGAAGCUGUGUCGCAAAUGGUGGAAAUGGAAGAGCAGGUAGUAGAAGACCACAGAGCUGUCUUCCAGGAAUCUAUUAGGUGGUUAGAAGAUGAAAAAGCUCUACUGGAAAUGACAGAAGAAGUAGACUAUGAUGUGGAUUCAUAUGCAACACAACUUGAAGCAAUCCUAGAACAAAAAAUUUACAUUUUGACUGAACUUCGAGAUAAAGUAAAAUCCUUCCGUACAGCACUGCAAGAGGAGGAACAGGCCAGUAAACAGAUUAAUCCGAAGAGACCACGCGCCCUUUGAGGCAAACGUCUGCUGCUAAAGGAUGUCUGAGCCUUCAUUGCUGUACCGUGCAGUUGGUUGGAAAGGAGGCUGUGAGAAGUCAACUACUUGAAAGAUCUAAAACUUUUGAAGUGUCUGUGGAAGUGUCCAGUUUCUUCUUCCCCUGGCCGACAUUUCAGUUGUGUGGAACACUCCUAAGAUGUCUGCAAAAUGCUUCUAGACCAGAUAGCACGACCAGGCAGGUUUUGGAGCUGGGAAGCACUUUUCUUUCAAAUGUUUUAACUUACUCAAAUUGUGAAUCUUCUAUGUUUUGGAAAUCUUUGCCAAUUUUUUUUUAAAUAAUGAAGUAAAAUGGUGGACUUGUAAAAACUUCACAGUAUUUUGUUUCACCUGCGUCAAGUUUUGUUGCAAAGAACAGCUGUGCAGUUUUGUAUUUGCAUGCAUGCCCACCUCAUCAGUGAUUGUACAUACCUCCUCUUUUAGACAGCUGUGCUCACCUCUUCCCAGUCUGUGCCUUGAUCAAGGCAACUUGCCCCUAAAUGUUCUCUCUAAAGCACAGCCUUAAUAAAUGACAUUCCUUAUUUGUCAAUGUAAAUUCCUUUUAAUUGUGUGUACAUUUUAAUGUGUGUUGAUUUGUGUGUGCGUGUGCGUGUGUGACUAGUUCUUCAUUUCACAGUAUGUGCCAUAUCAUUGACCUGGAAUAAAAGAACUGUCAGUGUGGACCGACAGUAAACCAUUCCAUUUUCCAUGUAAAAUCUGGAAUCAUGAUUUAUUUCAAUACCAUAAAGAGUCUAACACUUUCUUUGUAAAGAACAAAACUAUAAAUUAGUGGAUGUAUAAUAAAAGGUAAUUGAUAAUGAAGAAGAGUUGUAUCUUAGAAUAAUACAGAUAUCCAGUAUGUGUGCUAGUGUGAUGUCAGAAUAAAGGUGCAAUCUGAUCGCUACAUAUGGGUAGGAGAAGUAUCCAGUGAAGAGGAUACCAAAGUAAUCCUUUCACAUACUACUAAAGUGGGCUUCUGAUGCAUGACAGUUUACAUGUGCAUUAAUUGUAGUUUGCAGGUAGUUAGUACUGUUGCUUUAAAAGAAAGGAGCUAAUGCAUAUUUUCCCUUUGUGCCAUGCCAUUAGCUGAAAAGUGGGGUGAAUUUGUACCAUUUGAGGAUUUGCACAGUAAACUCCACAAAACCUGUUUAAAGAGAUCCCACAAUGAUGCCUGAAAUGUGGCCAAUGGCACUUGUCUAUCGAGCACUUCUUAAGAUGGUGGCACUUCAAUUAUUUUUGCAGAUGGAUACCCAAAAGAGACUACCCUUGUGAUUUUUAUUUGUCUGACCAAAUUUUAGAUCUCUCUAGGAGUUCUCCCUAUUCCCAAGAUAGAUUCCAGGUGCUCAUAUCAACAUCAGACGUUUCUUGGAACUGUUUCAUAUUUUUUUUCUGGAACAUAAGCCCAUUUGUGCUGUGGCUGAGGGAAAUUAAGGGAAAGCAAUGAGAAGAGAGUUUAAAUGAGCCAGAGUUCCUCAGUAUUCAAUAGAAUUACCAUAGGAAGGUAGGCUGUCAAAGUCCCUCGUCAUGUCGUAUGGUGACAAAGCGCCUAACUGUAAACAUGGAAACAGAAACAACAAUGUAGAUUUUACACAAUGUGUUUAAUAAAUUUAACUAUGAAAUAUAAA